AUGCUGCCCCGCCACCUCCUACGCCUCUCCGCCGCCGUCUCCGGCGGCCUCCGCCGCUCCCUCGCCACCGCCGCCUCGCACCCGCCGUGGGCCGCGAUGUGCCACUCGGCGUGGACCGUCGGGGCGCCGGGCGCGCAGGUGCGCCUCGCCGAGCCGCCGCGCAUCUCCGAGGUGUACGUCCCGGAGCAGCUCCUCAAGACCGGCCCCCUCCCCGACCCCGACGGCGACUUCGUGCAAGGGCAUGGCGGCGCCGUCUGCGCCGCGAGCGCCGACGGCCUCCUCCUCCUCGUCUACGCGGAGACGCGCCUGUUUGCCCGCAUCGUCGCCAGGCAGGGCGGCCGCCCGCUGCGGCUGCCACCCCAAACCGACGCGCUCAAGAGCAUCGACCCCGACCACGUCCCCAGCGUCACGCGCUUCGUCCUCAACCCUCUCACGCGCCAGAUGACCCGCCUCCCGGACCGCGUGACCAAGUUCGAGGUCUCCCCGCUUUUCAACCUCCGCAUGGGCCUCCUCACCCAGGCCGAUCGCGGCCACGGCCCGCCUGACAGGUUCGCCGUCGCCGAGCUGCAGGAGGGGGACCUCAUGCUCCGGUUUCUCUCGGAAAAGGGCAGGUGGGAGAACGUGGUGCUCUCGCCGUGCCAACUCCCGUCUGCGCGGCGAAUGAAGAUCGACCAGCCGGCGCUGGCGUUCGGCGGUCGCCUGUGGUGGGUCGACGUGACCUGGGGCGCUGUCUCUGCCGACCCCUUCAGCGAUCGGCCGGAGCUCUCCUUCACCGAGCUGCCGAGGGGCAGCGUGCUAGCUGCAAGGAGCCCGCUGCCAGAAGCCGAUGCCGAGGUGUCUUGGCGUGAGUACCGGCGCGUGGAUGCAAGCCAAGGGCGGCUGCGAUACGUCGAGGUCUCUCAAAAGGAACCGUUUCUGCUCAGCUCCUUUGUGCUCGACAACGAUGGUACCGGCUGGACGCUGGAGCACCGGGUGGCCCUGAGCAAGCUCUGGGCGGAUGGAGGCCACCCAUGGCUGCCCUUACCGGCGGGGAAGACGCCACAAAUUGAGCUUCUUGACCCACUUGACGCCAAUGUGGUGUACCUCACGGUUGACAAGAAACACGUUAUCGUCGUGGACAUGAACAUGAAGAAGGUGAUUGGGAGUUAUCUGUAUGGAAAUGACUUCUCUGUACCAUGUGUUCUUCCUCCGUGGCUUGGAUCGAGCCGGAUCCCUUCUGCAGGUAAGGACACCGGGAAACACAAGACUCUGUAAGACGUGUUGGUUCGCUCAGACAUCCAGUAGAAGGGACGAAGGUACCAAUUUACCAGCUGAUGACUCUCGUCAUUUCGUUUUAGCUGAUACUUCUUUGUUGAUCCAUUGUUCGUGGUAUCUCAUCCACUCACCUAUUUAGGAUGCUGCAUUCUUGUUACAAGCAGUAUCUCUUACGCCAUUCAUGCAGUUUUAUGGAUUGAAAGAAAACGCCAUGCACAUAUUUGCCAAUCACUACAAUUCUUUUCAACUGGUUUUCUGUGUAUUGAUUGUCCAACAUCUGGCUAUCACUAAUACCAGUUUCUCGUUGGUUGUAUUGUAAUUGGUGUUUC